AUGGUGUAUGACUCUCAGAAGGAUUCCAUGGCCACAAUCAAUCAGCGCUACUUGAUGCACGGAGCUAGAGACGGUCAGCGGCCAACUUCAGGUUUCGCGUUCUACAAGGCGUGGCAGAUGAGCUGUGGACCGAGCGAAAUCCUACUCCCCUGGUAUGAAGUUGCGCCACGACAUGUGCGCAACGAUCCUGGAAGAACAAAGCAGAAAGAGCAAGGACUGUCUGACUAG